UACAAAUAUUCCACAUUUUCCCACCAUAUAUACAACUCAUAAUAUAAUAUAAUAUGUUCUACAUACUUUGUAUAAAUACCAUUAUAUUGUAUUCAAAGCUCAAAAUCAUCACAAAAAAUCAUCUCUAAAAAUCUACAAGCUAUAAAAUUAAAAUGGCAGGAAAUAACAGUAGUUAUGAGACUUCAUGGGCAGAUCAGUGGGACCCACAAUCAGCUUAUGGAAGCUAUGACAAUAACACUAAAACCAAGAAAAAGAGCAGCAAUUACAGUAAUAGCAAUGGAUCAGGAACUGCAAAGAAGAAGGUUGAAGAAGGACUUGCAAAGACUAAAGAAGUUGCUUCUACUGGUUUUAAGAAAGUUAAGCAGGGUACUUCCUUGGGGUUUAAUUGGAUCAAAGACAAGUAUCAUAAAACUACCCAAAAACAUUAAUUCAUUCUUUUUUAUAUUUUCAUCUUUUCUUAUUAAUCAUCUCAUCAUCAUAUCAUUUAAUUGGUAUAUGGUUUAUUAGUGUUUAUGUGUAUAUGUAAAUUUAUCUUAUUUUAUUUUAUUAGAUUUCAUUUUGUUCAUCAACUUUUGUGUUCUUUAGUUUCUUUUAUUUAUAUCCACCUUUUUAAUUAAUUUUUGGGAUGUAUAAACAAAUUUUUUAGUAACAUAUAUAUUUCACCAAAAUCAUUUUGUUUUUUG